AUGUUGUCUGCAAUCAAGAAAGAUUCCUUGGACACAGCCAGUUAUAAUACACCUGCCCGGAGGCGAGCGGCUUUGAAGAGACCACGAUCCAAGUCGACAAAGUCAAGCGCUCCUUUGCAUGGUGUCUGUACAACAUUCAAACAGCGCUUCAACUUCGGUGUUCCCGUUACUUUACCACCGCCAAAGUCAGCGAUUCCUAAACCCCCCAUAAAGAGUGAAGCUCCUGUCUGUCUUUAUGUCUGCCCAUUGUGUGGUGAUAACGCACUCGAAAGCCUUCGCUCUCGCGAUGAGCAUCUGCAAUCCUCGCACAACGGCGAGCUCGUGUUUCCUUGUCAAAUUUGUGGUUUGGCCUUCCCACUUUAUAUUGCGCUACGACGGCACGCAGCGUUGAAACACAAUGCGGACUACGAUUUGGUUCGUUAUGGCCCACCUGAACUUCUCGAUUCCGAAUCAAUUGAAUGUCCUGAAUGCAGACUCGUCGGAUUCACAGACCAAGCAGUGCUGAAGCUUCACCUCGUCGGAGUGCACCAUAUGGACAAGGAAAAAGCUAGCUCUCGUGUUCAACCCGGUGGCCACAAGCCACACAACAGCACUCCUGGUAAGGAGCAUUUUUGUUGA